AUGAACACCGCCUCUGGAUUUUCAGAUCCCCUCGUCUCCGAUACCCCGCUGCCCUUCCACGAGCUAUGCACGCGCAUCAAUGACCGCAUAGCUACGUUUCUCGACGCCAAGGAUGUAUCAGAGCGCGUCAAGAAUGUGCAGGAGCAGACGCGCACGUCGCUGAGCGUCAUAGGGGAGGCACUGGACAAGUACAGUCUGCCAGAGCUCUCCCUAUCGUAUAAUGGCGGCAAAGACUGCCUCGUCCUUCUCGUGCUAUACCUCUGCGCCAUGCACAGACGGGGCCUGACGCAGACGUCGAAUCCCUCGUCCAGCAUCGAGACCGCGGUGCAGUGCGUAUACAUACAAGACGCGCAUCCCUUUCCCGAGGUCGAGGAGUUUGUCGCGCAUAGCAGCAAGAUAUACUCGCUUGCCCUUUUGGAAUAUGCAAAGCCUAUGAAAGCGGCCUUUGCCGACUACUUAAAAGACACUCCGUCGGUCAAGGCGAUAUUAGUGGGGACACGGCGGACGGAUCCGCAUGGCGAGCAUUUGAAGCAUUUCGACCCAACAGACUCAGGGUGGCCGGCCUUUGUACGGAUACAUCCCGUCAUAGACUGGCACUACGUGGAUAUAUGGACGUUUAUACGCUUCCUCAACAUACCCUACUGUUCUCUAUACGACCGUGGAUACACCUCGUUAGGCGGGACGACUGAUACGCACCCGAACCCGAAGCUCGUGCGCCAACCGUCUACGCAACAAGUACCGCAAGCUGAGAGAGAGAACGGCGCCCCGAAGCCCAAGUUCAGGCCGGCAUACGAACUGGUAGAUGACUACGAGGAGAGGUUAGGGAGAGAUAGGUAG